AUGGUUGACUGGAAGGAUCGCGAGUUUUCCGACACUAUUGUGCUGUUCGACGUUGAUGGAACUUUGACUCCAGCACGUCAGUCGGUGACUCCUGAAGUUAUAGAGAUUCUUAAUAAACUGAGGAAGAAGGUUGUUAUUGGGUUUGUCGGUGGGUCGGACUUGUCAAAACAAAAAGAACAACUUGGACCAAAUGUUGUCAACGAGUUUGAUUUUGCAUUCGCUGAGAAUGGGUUGACGGCUUAUCGACUUGGACAGCAGCUUGCAUCUCAGAGUUUUAUCGGAUGGAUCGGCGAAGAAAAAUAUCAAAAUCUCGCGAACUUUAUUCUAAAAUACAUUGCUGAUCUUGAUAUCCCAAAGAAGCGCGGUACCUUCAUAGAAUUCAGGAAUGGUAUGAUAAAUGUGUCGCCUAUCGGAAGAAAUGCAUCGAUUGCAGAACGCCAUGAAUUCGAAGCGUACGACAAGAUCCAUCAAGUUAGGAAGACACUCGUUGACGUACUAAAGACAAAGUUCUCCGAUUAUAGUCUUACAUUUUCAAUCGGCGGUCAGAUAUCUUUUGACGUAUUUCCUACUGGAUGGGAUAAGACUUACUGCUUAAAGCAUAUAGAAGCCGAAGGAUUUAAGACUAUUCAUUUCUUUGGAGAUAAGACCUAUAAGGGUGGGAAUGACUAUGAAAUAUAUACUCAUCCAAAAGUCACUGGUCACUCAGUUAACAAUCCUAAUGAUACGGUUAGAGAGCUAAAGGAGCUGUUUUCUUUGUAA